GCGCACGGUAGGGGCUGAGUUUACAGUGCGCAUGCGCAGAGCCGCACUGCCGCCUGUGUAGCCGCGUGUUUGUAAUCGUGUUUAGAGUGAAGUGACCACUGAUUAUUCUGAGGGUCAGAGACCAGAGGGGAUUAGUGCUUUACACCAGGGCGAGGGUGAUGUCUGACAGCGUGCAGGACGGGAGGAAGAGGAGUAGGAGGAAGUACGGCGGACCCGCGGCGGGGGGGAAGAGGCGGAGAGGAGGCAGGGAGCUGGAGCCGGGCAUGCAGGGCGUCCUCAUCACCUGUAACAUGAAGGAGCGCCGAUGUACUGCUGAGGCUUACAGCCUGCUGAACGAGUACGCUGACCAGCUGUACGGUCCAGAACAGUUAGCAGAGCCUAAGGACAGCAGCAGUGAUGAUGACGUGGAGGCGGCGCUGCAGAAGGAGGUGGAGCAGUUCCACUCAACUACAGAGAAGCAGCAGAGACGCUUCACAGCACUCGAUAGUGGAGCAAAUAACGUCUUAUUCAUCCGCACACACAACAUCGACCCGGGGCGUUUGGUUCACUCCAUCCUGCAGGACCUGUACAGUACUGGGAGGUUGAAGUCGAGGGUGAUCUUGCGGAUGUUGCCAGUGUGUGGUUCAUGUAAAGCGUUCCCUGAAGACAUGCUGAAGUUCCUGCACUCCUUCCUGCAGCCCUGGUUCCUCUCCCCUAACCACGCCUCCUACCAGAUCUGCUUCAAGUCCCGCAACAACAGCAGCAGCAAGAGGGACGACAUCAUCAAGAGCAUCGCUGGUUUGGUGAACCGGUUAAAUCCGAAGAACAAGGUGGACCUGACGGAUCCGGAGCUCAGCAUCAUCAUCGAGGUGAUAAAGUCUGUGUGCUGCGUCAGCGUGAUCCCAGACUACAAACGCUUCAGGAAGUACAACCUACAGGAAGUGGCCAAGGGCCCGGCCAAUCAGGAGGCAUCCCAGCAGGAAGUUACCAAGGAGCCGGCCACUGAGGAGACAUCCCAACAGGAAGUGAGGGGAAACGAAGCAUAUCAGGAGCAGAGUGGGCAGGAUGUGCUGAAAGACCUGGCCAAUCAGGAGCAGGGUGAACAGGAAGUGGCUGAGAGCAAAGCCAAUCAGACAGAAGAUCAGAAUGUGGGUGGGGACAGUAUGGUAAAUGAGGCGGAGCAAGAGUAAGUGAGGGUUUAAUGUAUACCUCUGCUGAUGAUGGAGAGAAGAGAAGUCCAUACUGAACACGGGAUAUAAUGGUGUGUGUGUGUGUGUGUGUGUGUGUGUGUAUGUGGUACAUUUAUUAAAACUCCUUUUACCAGUAAACUCUUAUUUUACUUUUAUUUCAGUUUAAUUUCAGAUUUUAUUUGAGUUUAUUUUUAGACUUUUUUCCAGAUUUAGAAUAAAUAAUCUUUUUGUUUUGAUCUGGGAGAUGGACAGAGCCAUCUUUCCCUGAUGUUGGCCCUUAGUGUGGCAGCUGUGUGUGUGUGUGUGAUUAAUUAUACCUAAUUUAUAUUUUAUAUAUAAAGACAUUUUGAUACAUGUUGGUUUAAUUUCCCCUCUGUGUGGAGACUUCAGGACAUUAGUGUGUGUGUGUGUGUAUAAAAGAGAGAGAGAGCAUGCACUAAUCACAAUGACAUCAUUUUAUGACAGACUCAUGUGACUGGACUUUGUAAUAAGUGUGUGUGUGUGUGUGUGUGCGCGCUCCAUAGCUGUCAGAAAUGGAAAAACAAGAGCGUGUUAAAGUUCAUUAUGAUUUAAAACAAAU